AUGGGUAUACCUAAGACACUGGUCACGGACAACGGAAAGCAGUUCGACAGUACUACAUUCAGAGGCUUUUGUGAGAAGUUGGGCAUAAACUUGCAGUUCGCAUUAGUGGUGCAUCCGCAAAACAACAGAAAGAUAGAGAUUACAAACAGAACAAUUUGCAAAGGGUUGAAGAAAAGACUAGACGAAGCAAAAGACAAUUGGGCGGAGGAACUACACAGUUGGAAAUUGGAAUGCCUACGAUACGAACAAAAAACCACAAUAAAGAAGCAAAUGAAUAAAAUUGCGGCUGUCGAGAGAAUAACUGGAAGAAAAAAGACAUAUGGCAAACAUACGAGUAGAAGCAUACCGAAGCCAAGCGGCGAGAUACCACAACAAGAGAGAACAACCGCAGGAAUUCAAAGUGGGAGACCUGGUCGUAAGAGAUGCCGAAAUAGGUAUACACAAUGCUGGGGUAGGCAAACUCGAAAGCAAUUGGGAAGGAUCGUACAGGGUAACCAAGACAAUAGAAGUAGAGAUUAUGAAUGA